AUGAACUCUGAAAGUGAGGAUGAGUCAUCAGAGCCCAGCACUAGGCCAUUCGGUUUGUUCACUGAGGAGGUGUUCACCAGGCAGUACACUAUCCUGAAGCCCUUGGGCCAGGGUGGCACUACAGAAGUGAGGCUAUCGUCUCACCGCCUCACAGGUACCCCAGUUGCUGUAAAAGCUCUCGUGAAACACGAGAGGCACUGGGCAUCAACGAUGUCAGAAGUGGAAAUCAUGAAGAUUCUCAACCACAAUAAUAUAGUUUCCCUUCUGCAAGUGAUGGAAACAGAACAGAACAUUUACAUAAUUAUGGAAGUGGCCCAGGGAGACUCGCUACUUAAUCUGGUCCAGAAGGCUGGACGCCUGAAGGAAGAUGAAGCUAGAGGUAUAUUUGUUCAGUUGCUCAGUGCCCUAGGCUACUGUCAUGGUAAAGGCAUCAUUCACAGAGAUCUAAAGCCUGACAACGUCAUAGUGGAUGAGCACGGAAAUGUCAAAAUUAUUGACUUUGGGCUAGGUGCCAAAUUCCUGCCUGGGCAAAAACUGAAAAGGCUUUGUGGAGCCUUCCAGUUCAUUCCACCGGAACUCUUCCUGGGCCUCCCUUACGAUGGCCCAAAAGUGGACAUAUGGGCCUUGGGGGUUCUUCUGUAUUUUAUGGUAACAGGGUCUGCUCCGUUUUCAGGUACCACCCUGUCUGAACUUAGUAAAAAUGUUUUGCAAGGAAGGUAUGACAUCCCUUAUAAUCUCUCUAAGGACUUAAGGAGCAUGAUUAGCCUGUUGCUGACAGUAAAUGCAAGGCAAAGACCAACUGCUCAAGACCUCUCAAGUCACCCCUGGCUUCAGGAAUGGGGAAAGACUCUUACAUUUCAUUCCAACAGAGACACCAGUUUCCCAAACCGUGACAUAAUGGUAGCCAUGGAAAAUAUUGGAUUUCAUGUGCAGGACAUUAGAGAAUCAUUAAAACACAAAAAGUUCGAUGAAACCAUGGCUACAUACCUCUUACUGAGAGUUCAGGCAUGUCAGAAUGGUGGCAAUUAUGUACAAACCAAGUUACCGAAUCCAGGGGUGGCUCCUUUUCCUUCGGCAGCAGACCCCGACACUUUCCCUCUGCCUCCCAGGAGAAGGGCCAGUGAGCCUUCCCUUAAGAUAGUAGUCUCAUCCUCUGAACAACAACAUCUGAGACAAAGUGGGGGGACACAUGCCCCUGUUCAACCGAAGAAGACACCCGUUAUGGGCAGAGGUUACAAGCGCUGCGUGACCGCCCCUUGUAUUUUACGAAGAAACACUGGGACGGAUGCAAACGCCAUCAGCUUUUCCACUAGCUCCCAGACUUUAAGUGACUCAGAAAGAAGCAGGUCUUUGCAGCCCAGGGGCUGGGCAAAAUGGAAGAAGAGAAUCAGAGCAUGCAUGCGAACAUUGUGCUGCUGCAUGGCACCCCACAAAAUAUGUCCGAGAAAGGUGUGCCCCCAAAAGUGA